GCACUCACCAUCUGUACGUCGAACAUUCAAUGACUAACGCGUAGCAGACGACAGUGGCUGACAAUCUAGUCAUCUGAAUGUUACUUUAGUUCUAGAACUAAAUAUUUUUUAUUGACUUUCUCUGCUCACUUAAAAUCCCUAUCCAAUCAGGAUGAAUCGAAUUUUGAAAUCACUUAAAAGUAAAGAGACUCGAGAAUGGCUGAUGAGCACACAUUUUUGGGGACCAAUGGCAAACUGGGGUAUUCCCAUAGCUGCUAUCGCUGACAUACGAAGAGAUCCAAAAUAUAUUAGUGGCAAAAUGACAACUGCUCUGUGUUUGUACUCGGCAAUGUUCAUGCGAUUUGCAAUAAUGGUGCAACCACGUAAUAUGCUAUUGUUCUCCUGCCAUUUUGUCAACGAAUGUGCUCAAUUAACGCAAGGGUUCCGAUUUAUCAAGUAUCACUUUGUUGAUAAAAAGGAAGAAAAUUAAAUGCAAUUUAAUAAAUUAUCUUUCUGUUCAAGAGUCUAAAGUCCAACAAAUCGUUCCAAUUUACAUUGUAUUUUGUAAUAUAAAGAUUAGUGCCCUGAGGCUGUAUAAUACGUACAUUAAUAUUAAUUAAUUGUAAAUAGCUCUGUUAAAGUUUGCAUCUAUACUAAAGUUUAUUUAAAACUUUACGCAUAUUUAUUUGAUUCGAAAUACAAAAAUAAAAAUGUAUACUAUUUCUCCAUUA